UUCGUAGCGGAGCUGUGCCGAGCCAAGCUCGCCAGGCUGUGGGCAGUGUAGCCGCUGAGAGCUGAGUCGUAGAGGGUGCGACAGGCGCAGGUGGGUUCCGUGCCGUUUCGUACCAGAGCUAAACAAACCGGUCUGCAGAGAGCAAGUCGCUGUUGCCUGUAAUUCUGCCCGCUGUUCGCCGGCGGCAACGGCAGUACGCCGACUGCGGACUGCGAAGUAUCUGAAGCAGAGGUGUUACGUGUGUGACAUGGUGCAACCGGCCAGUAUAGGCGGAUAUGGCUUCUGGCUGACGUGAAACAAGAUGUGGUGUGAUUUACAGAGCCCUGCCAUGAUGGGGCUGCAAGCGACGGCAAGCAAACGCAAGCUGGAGUACGACAGCAAGUGCCAGCCGGCCAAGCUGGUGCGGCUGGACGAGGGCGCGCACGACGCGGCGGCCGCCGACCUGGACGACUGGCGCCUCGCGUCCGCGCUGGGCGGCGCGCUCGCCAGCCCCGUGCCGCACCAGCACGACGACGACGACGAGGACGACGACGACGAGGAGGACGACGACGAGGACGACGACAAGGCCGAGAAGUACCUGCCGCCCGCGGCGCGCGCCUACCACUGCCUGCGCUACGCCGAGGGCGACGGCGUCUGCUACCCGCACGCCGUGCCCGUGGCCGAGCUGAAGGCGGCGCCCUCGCCGCCGCCGCCCGCCGGCUACUACCCGGAGGAGGCGUCCGGCUACGGCGCGGGGGCGGGAGGCGGUACGCCGCCCCCGUACGGCCCCCAGGCGCGCCUCGCCGUGCGCUACCAGCCGUCCCCGGCCGCCCCCAGGCCUGUGCACCAGUACUGGGGCAGCAGCGAGUACUAUUCGCAGAACUCGCAGCAGACGAUACGCUGCGACGAGAACGGCAAGUCGUAUCUGGAUCUGGGCAGCUCCAGUGCCAGGUAUAGCGCCGCCCCGACUGUCCCCGCGAGGUGUCCUCCGCCGCCACUGCCGCAGCCGCCGCCGCCGCCGGCGUCGGCCGCGCCGCCCCCCGCCGCCGCCGGGAAGGACGUGGAGUGCUGUGACGGCAGGACCGGCUGGUGCGGCCGGGGGCCGGACGCGGCCUGCUACCGACAGAGGCGGCUCGCGGUGCUCAACAUCUCCAUGUGCAAGCUGGGCAGGUACAGGCAGUUUCCCGACCCCAGCCUGCGCAGGUCGGUGCUCAUCUGCAACACGCUGCGCUACAUCGAGCGCGAGAUGGAGCAGGAGGGCUGCUUCUUCGGCGGCGGCGUGACGCACGUUCCGGGUGCCGCCCCCCCGCCUCCGGCUCCGACACCGCAGCCGCCCGCCGAGCCGGAGCCCAGCUACCAGCCGCACUUUGCCGACGUGUCCGCCCCCUCGCCCGCGGCCGCCCCCGCUUACGCGGCGCCACAGUACCGUGUCCCUGCGCACGGCGCCGACCUCAUCCCGCCGUACGAGCACACCCUGAGGGACUUCUCCGCCAGCGGGCGCGCCACGCCGUUCCCCGCGGCCUGCGCCGACGACUACGACGCCGACUCUGGCGUCGGCGACGAGGAAUCGGCCCGGGGCAUCAACUGGGGGUCCGUGCUGAGCCUCUCCAGCCAGUCCGACCUCGACCCACUCAAUAACAAUGAACUCUACUCUCCCUCCCCCCCUCACUCGUCGUCGUCGUCGUUCGGAUUUACCAAUGGGGACUCUAACAGUUCGCUCAGUUUGCUCGGAGACGUGGACUUGGGACACGAGUUCGACGAUUUCCUCCCCAGUUGGAAACUGACGCCUCUCAGUGCCGACGACAUUCUCAAGUCCGUCCCUCCGUCGGAGUUCUCGGCACGACAGGGCGAGGGCGAACUGGACAGCAUUAUGCACGUCCUUGUCGGCACGUAAUGGGACGCGACAAGUGCGCCACUUUCGGUAUCAUCGAAUGGGAGUGAGAUUACUGGUCAGUCGAUUGAUCUUCAAAUGUGCUCAGGUUGUGAAGGGCUGUUCAAUUUGAUACUUAUAUUCUUAUAUUUCAAUUUGGCAGCCCGUGGUCCUUUAAAUUUACUUAAAAAGAACAUUUAGUCUGAACUAAUAUAUUUUCGUUCUCCGUUCGACACCUUUUUAUCACUUAAACUGUACUUUUUGUACAUUUUGCAAUUCGACAGAAGAAAAUGGAUGUAGGUCUACGGUGACUGUUGCGUAAAAAGGUUUUUAUAGAAUGUUUAUUUUGAAGGUUCUCUAGUACAGAGCUUUUACCAAUGUUUGGGCAUAGUCUUAAUACCUUUGUUUUCUUUUGCAGAGAGAGAGGGAGGGAGAAUGAGAAUGAGAAUAUAUGUGUGUGUGUGUGUGUGUGUGUGUGUGUGUGUGUGUGUGUGUGUGUGUGUGUGUGUGUGUGUGUGUGAGUGAGAGAGAGAGAGAGAGAGAGAGGUGUCUGAAGCUUGUCUGAAUUAAUAUCUCAGGUCUCUGUAAAAAGUCAUGUGGGUAACAUCCACAUUUUUGUCAAGAGGUGCUCUUACAUAGGUUGUAUGCUUCAUUUAUCUAUAUGCCUCUGUCCCUUUUUCGUAAAGCUUGUCCUCUUUCAUGUUUUUGUUCCCUUGUUCAGAGUAAUACGUAUGUUAAACUUUGCAUUAAAAAAUAUAUUUUUGAAGAACUUAUUGUGCACUAAAGAUAUAGUUCUUGUUGGUUUUGUGAAGAGAUGUCAGUAUAAUGAAAUGGUUCUAUAGAUGACUAGAUUAUAUACAAAGUGAUGAUUUGCACUUCAGUAUAUAAACAAAUCCAGGAGAAAUUAGUGAUGGAAAAGCCCUUGUUACCUGUAACGUUGGUGACGUGUCUAGUUGUAUAUAAAAGUGGACUAUUAUGUACUGUUUAGAUAGUACGACUGGAAACCGUAUUGCAUUGUCCUUUCGGACUCUUCUUUAAAAUUACAAUAUUAAGCUUUUAAGAUUUCUUUAACUACAGAAAGGAAUCACUCUAUUGCAGUUUAAGCAGCUUUUUUUUUGCAGACCAUUCAAAUUAACUUUUUUAAAUAAUCAUUGCUGAUUCAGCAAUUAAGAAACUGUUCAAUGGUGCAAACAGUACUGAGUGAUAUUUUAUUUUGAGAAGAUGUUACAGUGCUCAUGAAUGUGUGGAAGAUUUGCUCUAAACAGUAUAAAAUAAUCCUACUUAUAAUCCUACUGGAGAGUAGGCUUAGUGUACAGUAGAUUUCUUUUAUGUAAAAAGAAGUCCCUUCACAUUAUGAUUUGACAGUCAUGUGGAAGUGAUUUCCAGGCAUUGCCCAAUUUUCUGUGUACUCUGCUGUAAAUAUAUCUACAUAAUGAGUGUAAAUAGUUGCAAAGUAUAUACAUAAAUAUAAAAAUAUGCCAUAAAUAUAUUGUCUAUAUAAAUAUAUUUUGAAAUGUUCCAGAAGGAAUAUUUGCACUAAAAUAAUUUUGAUUGUGAAAAUCUAGUCCUUUAAAAAAACGUCACAGUUUUGACGUUUAAAGCUGGAGUCAGAAAAUUGGGCUGUCCCAGAUAUUGGCUGUCCCAGCUGUCUGCAGCUGUCAUGUUGAUGGUUGAGUAUUAUUGUGAGGAGUACUGUCACAAUUCCACAAAUAGAAAAUAUUGUGUGUAUUGCAGGAUACCAUUAUGUAUGUUUUCACAAAGUGGUUGAAACUUCACUGUAUGCUGUAUCAUUUUUCCAGUGAAAUAAUCUUUAGUUAUCAUUCAUUGAGAUUAUUUCAUUUUUUUAAACUCUUAAUUUUGAAUGUAUGUUGAUAUUUCUGCUCAAAGCUAAUUUAUAAACUCAGUUGAGUGCCUUGAGUAAUGGCAAACAAAAUUAUAGUUAACUCAGUAGAUUGUUUGCUGUGAAGUGCUCUUUAAGGCUAUAUGAUGGACAUUUAUUUCUAUUGCCAAAGUACUUGGUUGUGAUGGAGAAAUGAUAUGACAAGUGAAGCAUAUAAAUGGUGCCCUCAGAAGAAAAUUUUUAAAUGAUUGUGCUGUGAUAUUGUCGUGUACAACUCUGUUAAAUCUAAAAUAUUGGCUGCUAAUGUUAGGUAGGUAUUCAUGAUUAUAUAUAUAUCUAUAUAUAUAUAUAUAUGUAGAUAAAAUGUGAUGAAUUUGCAAUAAAUUAAUAUAAAAUAUUAAGCAUGUUGUUAAAUCCCUUAUUUAAAAGAAGAAAUAAAUAAAUAAAUAAAUAAAUAAUUAUACCAAUUCACCAUUCUGUUUUGUUGUUUAGCCGUGAAAUUUCACCCACUUGCACCUUGUUGCAAUAGGGGGAAAUAAUAUAUUGAAAUUGCGUAAAUGACAUCUCAGUUCUCUAUUUCAUGAACACGCAUUGUACAAUAGUUCCCUUAUACAUUGACCAAGAUAGUUAUAAAAAGACAAAAUAUUAUUUUACUGUAAGAAUUUAACUGUAUCCAUAUAUUUUUACAUCAAUUUGGCAUAUUGGAUGUUUGUGAAAUGAAAUUCUAUUCAGGGACCUGCAUUUCUUUUAUUGAAUGUGUUUGUAAAAAUUAAUUUAAUGUGCAGGCAUUUGAAGAUAUUAUUUGAAAUGCCUUCUGACACUUUUUUUUUUCUGGGAAGAAAGAAAUACGGUACAGAAUGUACAACCAAACUGAACGUUGCAUCUCCUUCAGUAAUUAUUUGUUUAAAUAUCAUGACCAGGUAAAAUUAAGGAACAAUAACGUACAAUCACUAGUACUAAACUACAAAAAUUGUUAUUUUCAUGUCCAAUUUGUACUGAAAGUUCAUUAAAAAAACACAUUAAACAUGAUUGACUGAAUUUUUAUAUUUUCCCACAACUUGACUGAAUUGAGAUGAAGGCAUUGUCAAACAAAAAAAUAUACAGAAAUUAAGGUUUAAUACUCUAUAAAAUACAUAACAUGGCAUUAAAAUGCAUCUCCCGAUGUUAGAAAACAGUGAUGUCUCAAAGAAUGUGUGUAAAAUUGUCAAGUUUGGAGUAUUUGUCUUCAGCAUCAGUCACAUCACACACACAAUUUUGUUUUCACAUAAUGUACCUUUAAGUGUCACACUUUUAUGGUCAUCCUGUUGUUGGAAUGAAUUCAUUUAGUAAAAUAGAAGAAUUUUUCAGUUUCACAAUGUCACAAUAUUUGACAGUGACUGAAGUGACACAAUGAAGUCAUCUUUGGUGCUUAGUAUGUAAAUGAGUUAACACCAUACAUCCGUAAUACCAACAGUUUGUUUGCAAAGGCCUCUGGUGCUUCAGAUUAUAAUAUUGUACGAAAUUCGUCCUUCAUGCUGAUAUAAUUUGUCAUAUACAUUUCAAAAAGUGUUUCACAGAUUGGUUUAUGAUAAACAUGUCUUUGAAAGCUUAACGGCCAACGAAAAUAGCUUUCCUUUAUAAACAACAGUUUCAUAUGGUCUUUACAUAAAUUAAUAAUAUAGUUUGAUUUUAUAUGAUUGUAUCACUGGUUUUUCUUCAUGUCAUGUGCUAGGCAGAUAACUUGUGCCAAUAUUUGUUGCACAGGAAUUUUAUAUUGGAAGUCAUGAUGUACCUUAUGUAUGAUAUUUUUUAAAUGAAGAUAUUUUUGUACAACCAGGCAAACUUUACAUAAUAUUGACAAAACUACAGUGCACCCCAAGUAUUAGGCCUCACUACUUAAUAACUAAAUGAAAAUUUCAAGCACAGGAUGAGAAAAUGGCAUUAAUGUACAAAGAAAUUUGUAUAUUUUUUAAGCAAGCCAAAGAUAUUUUAUGGAUUAGGGAAUAUGGCAACUAACAUAAAGAGAUAUUGUGCUUUAUAAAAAUAGUUUAUCAAACUAGGUAGAUGUAUUUAUUUCAGAUGCUAUAAAUAGGUACACAAUCGUCCUUGUACAGAAGAAGGAAAGAAAGCAAUGAGCAAUAAACAGUGGUUUGCAAAACAACUAAAACUUACACAGAAUUUAUUUUGUGAUUGGUGUGUCAGUGUGUGUCCUAAUCCUUACCCAUUGUUAAAAAAACUUGUAACCAUUUUCAGGUGUUCGAAAUAAGUCAAUCAUACAUUCAGUGCAC